UUUUAUUGAUCACAAGAUUCCACUCAUGUGUUUCCACAGCUGGCCUGCACUGUCAUGGCUGGGCUUCUCCACUUCCUAGUUGUUGCAAGCUUUGUGUGGAUGUCACUGGAGGCCCUGCAGCUCUACCUGCUGGUCAGAAGGCUGAACAAGGUGCAGGUCAUCCAGAGAGAUGGCCUCCCCAGGCUGCUUCUCUACCUGAUUGGCUAUGGCGUUCCAUUUGUGAUUGUGGGUGUUUCUGCACUGGUGUAUUCUGAUGGAUAUGGUGCUACUAAGGCAGGGGUGUGCUGGCUGUCACAAGAACGUAACUUCAACUGGGCUUUAACAGGGCCAGUCAUUACAGUCCUUGCUCUCAACUGCAUCUUGUUCCUUGCUACUCUGUGGAGUCUGAGACCCACCUUGGCCAGCAUGAAGAGUGAUGUCUCUCAGUCCAAAGAUACAAGGUUGAUUGUGUUCAAGAUCCUUGCCCAGUUUGUCAUACUGGGUUGUACCUGGAUUCUGGGCUUCUACCAGACAAAUCUUUUCUUUCAGGUCCUUUUCAUAGUCCUUAACUCCCAGCAGGGCACCUUCCUCUACAUCGUCCACUGCCUCCUCAAUAAGGAGGUUAGAGAGGAAUACAUCAAAUGGCUGACCUGUUCUUUCAAUAAGCCCAAAGAAAGAGGAUCUGUGGAAGUGUCAGGUGUUGGAGGACCGGCAAAACCGAGCACUGUGAAUAGCAAAGGAGAUGGGGAGACCGGCAGUGUCAUCCUGGGCCUCUCAGACCGCCUAGUUUCUGCAAUGAUUUCUCCAACUGAGAAACAAACCAAAAAAGUAAUGCAGACUUCAACAGUGGAUUUGAGCCUACUGGCCAUUGGUCCAGGGAGUCAUGAAAAAAAGAGAGUACCUCUCUCCACCAAAGGACAAGCCAUGGACAUCAACUUGCAGGCUCUAGCCAAUGCCAACAAUGGUUCAGCCGCAGCUGCUCUCAUGACACUGACUGGGAUGGAGAUUCUUCUUAGUCAUCAAUACUUUGAAACAGAGAACAGGACUGAGAUGUACUCGGAUGUUUUCACAGUAGUAUUACCGUCAGUAAACAACACUAACCUCACUGAGCCUGUCAACUUUACCAUCCAACAUAAGAAGAAAGUACCUGAAUCUGGAAUAGUGACUUGUGUGUUCUGGGAAGACAAAGGCAAUAACCGAGAAGAUCAACAAGAAAAUGAGGGAGGAAAAGAGGGUGAGACUAUGCGUUGGUCAGUAGAGGGCUGUUGGGUUGCAUACUCUGAUGAAAACUACACAGUGUGCAGCUGUUCUCACCUUUCUACCUUUGCCCUCAUCAUGCAGAUUGGGGAGCCUCCACCAGAGAAUCCUUUCUUAGACUGGCUGAACCGGAUGUGUGUGAUGGUUGGACUAUUCUUCUUUGCGUUAGCUGUCUUCACCUUCCUCCUGUGUAGCUGGAACCCCAAGAUCAACCACACAGCCCGUCUUCACCUCUGUCUCAGCCUGGGCUUAUCUCAUCUACUGCUGCUGUGGAACGACAGAUAUCUUGAACAUGAGCUGGCCUGCACUGUCAUGGCUGGGCUUCUCCACUUCCUAGUUGUUGCAAGCUUUGUGUGGAUGUCACUGGAGGCCCUGCAGCUCUAUCUGUUGGUCAGAAGGUUGAAUAAGGUGCAGGUCAUCCAGAGAGAUGGCCUCCCAAGGCUGCUUCUCUACUUGAUUGGCUAUGGCGUUCCAUUUGUGAUUGUGGGUAUUUCUGCGCUGGUGUAUUCUGAUGGAUAUGGUGCUACUGAGGCAGGAGUUCUGAGACCCACCUUGGCCAACAUGAAAAGUGAUGUUUCUCAAUCCAAAGACACCAGGUUGAUUGUGUUCAAGAUCCUUGCCCAGUUUGUCAUACUGGGUUGUACCUGGAUUCUGGGCUUCUAUCAGACAAAUCUUUUCUUUCAGGUCCUUUUCAUAGUCCUUAACUCCCAGCAGGGCACCUUCCUCUUCAUUGUCCACUGCCUCCUCAAUAAGGAGAAAGAUGCACCAUCAGUCUCUGAGGACUUGGACAAACCGGAGGAAGAUUCAGAUAAAAGAAAGAAGGAUGAUGAGUCCUGA